AUGUACGGCCGCCUCCCUUACAUGUUCGCCAACGAGUCUUCCGUCCCAUCUCCAAUUCUGGUUGCCAUCCGCGGCAUCCUAAGAUCCUGGGACAUGGCGACCACCGACCACCGCUACCUCGACCACUUCCAUCCAGAUGGAGUUCUACAUGUUGGGGCUGAACCAACGAAAGGUGCCGCCGCGAUGAAGAAGUUGCAUGAUGACAUGGUCGAUCCGCAGAAGGGACCUGUGGUCCAUCUCCAACAUUUCUGUGAUCGGGUGUUUCUGAUGCCGACGCAACGCUUGCUAGAAAACGAGUAUGAUGGCAUCGAUUCAUCUGGAAAAGACAAAGGUGGUCUCGCAACAGGGAAAGAGAGCGAGCGUAUUGCCGUUCCUACACGUGGACUGAUGAACGGCAAUGACAAGAUCGAGGCUGUUUACACGGGUAAACUCAUUUCUGUUCUGAAGACCAAAGAGAGCAUAACCACCGAUUUCGCUACCUGGAUUGUUCUAUCGCCGGUGGUGGGGGUGUCCAAGGAAGUGCCAUCCGCGUGUGAAGUAAAGGGAGACGCCGCUGUCAACAAGGAAAACGAGAAGGAUAUUGACAACCACUCUAAGCCAUCAUAUGGCGAGCUGCGAGUCGAGUAUUUGAGGGUCUUUUCGGAUACGGCGGCUCUGGUCACUGCGAUUUCGAAGGUUGAAACAGAUGGAGAGUGA